AUGAUCGAUCGAUUGACAGCAAACGGGACAUAUUCAUGUAUUGGUAGUGGAAAUGAUCGACCCAAUAACCGCGGUGGUAAUUUUGAAGUGUAUAAAAGUGAUCUAGAUGAUGAUGCGAAAGUUACAGCAGUUAAUAGUGUAUUAGAGAAUGAAAAUUUUUUAUUCAUCGCUGUUGGUCGCCAGAGUUUAAACAAUCCAAUUCUGCAGAAGACAAAUCGAAAAUCAAAAAAAUUUCUUGAACGAAAAUAUUUAAUACGUGAAAAAAAUACUUUGCGUGCAGCCAAUUCAGAUGAAGAAGAACAACUAUCACAGGCAGAAGCGAAUAAGAAUGAAAGAAAUCGCGCGGAUAGUAUGCAGAAUUUAAGAACUACCGAUGAUAUCGCUUCAAUGUCGACUGAUGGCAUUGAUGAAAAAUAUCAGCAGGUCAUUAUAAGAAUUAUGCAAAACAGUUACGGAAGAAUGGCAAUGGCAUAUCAGCGUGCUAGAAACAGAUACCAUGAACUCGUUAAUAUGUAUAAUGAAAUAUUUAAUUUUGAGUUACAAACGUUACCGCUAAAAAAAGAACUGAAUAUAGAGUCGUAUUUGACUGUCUUGGACCCAUGUGAAAAAUAUUAUAAAGUUACUGUAAAAGAUAAGUAUAGGCAGAAUUUGCCUCUCAAAAAAGUUUUUGAAGUAUUGCAAGUGUAUAACUCGAGCGAAGAUGAUAUUAUUAAUGGAACUAUACCAUUACUUAUAAAUUUAAAUAUAGGUGGUAGAGAGACUGAAUUCAUGUUAAGUCAAUGGCCGAGCCAGUAUGAAUAUACGAAAAAGAAUCAGCUGCUAGUAUCAACCAAAGUAGAAUCUACUGCUAAUAAUCUUUGUUUCAAAGGACGUGCGUAUGAUAAAUUGGUUAUUGACUUUAAUUAUGAAGUGGCCCGAUACAUGAUCGAUUGUCUAAGUGCAUCUAUUGCAGCACAGCCUCGCAAUUUUCGAGAAGCUAACGAAAAAUUUACACAAAUCGUGGAAUUUCUGGCACACACAGAUAGCUGA